GAAAGCAAACUCACGUGUAGUUUAAAACUCGUGUUUACUUGACAUUCAUUGCACUGAAUUGGACUCAAUUUGGACUCAAUUUGAUUGCUAUUAAUAUUGGUUUGGAUUAUGAGUUCAGACGUGAGCCACAAGAAGAGGAAGCGCUUCAAGAGAGGCAAACAAAGGAAGUCCAAAGAAGAGUCGACUGAUGGCAGAAGAGAUGGUCACAAAUCAUAUUCAGAUAUCGUUAAAGACAACAAAGACUAUGAAUUGUAUUAUAAAACACAAGACAUUAUCUCAGAGAGUGAGUGGCAAACGUUUAUGUCAUGUCUUCGCGAACCACUUCCCUCUGCCUUUCGACUCACGUCUUACUGCAAGAGUCAGACGAUUGCGUUGAGGAAUAUCAUCGAAAGCGAUGAGUUUAACGGUUCCGUGGGUGACAAGAGUGACACCAUGAAUGGUCUGACGUGCAUCGACUGGUACCCCAACCGGUUCGCCUGGAAUAUCAAUAUAUCGAGGGUUGAGAUCAGAAAAUCUCAAUCCUUUCGGAUUCUCCAGAAUUUCUUGAUUUCGGAAACCGAUUCGGGAUAUAUCAGUAGACAAGAAGCCGUUUCAAUGAUUCCGGCGCUGCUGAUGGACAUAAAACCUGGACAUCGAGUGCUGGACAUGUGUGCGGCUCCGGGAUCUAAAACGGCACAAAUCAUUGAAAUGCUUCACUCAGAAGACGGCAGUUCCGAUGGGGCGGUUGUGGCCAAUGAUGUGGACAACAAGAGGUGUUAUAUGUUAGUCCAUCAGUCGAAGCGUUUGCACAGCUGUUCCACUUUGAUCACAAACCAUGACGCGGGAGGAAUGCCUAACUUCUACGACACUGUGGACGGACAGAGAGUUGUACUGAAGUUUGACCGGAUCCUGUGUGACGUCCCCUGCACUGGCGACGGAACCAUUCGCAAGAACUAUGACGUGUGGAUCAAAUGGAAUGUCGCGAACGGCAAUAACUUUCACGGAAUUCAGUUACGAAUCGCCAAAAGAGGUCUCGAGAUGUUGAAGAAGGACGGCAUUCUGGUGUACUCGACGUGUAGUCUCAAUCCCAUUGAAGACGAGGCGGUGAUCGCAUCGUUGCUUAACUUAAGCGAAGGCGGCGCUCAACUGGAAGACGUGUCCACUGUUUUGCCGAAUUUGAAGUAUAAAAAAGGUUUAGAGAAGUGGAAAGUAAUGACACGAGAAAUGGUUUGCAUUGAGUCUGUGGAUGAGGUCCAAGAGAAAUACAAAUCACAGAUAAGAGAGUCGCUGUUUUCGCCGAAGAAUGCCAAAGAGUUGAAUCUAAACCGAUGUCUAAGAGUUUUACCUCAUCUUCAAAAUACCGGCGGUUUCUUCGUUGCUGUCAUCCGAAAGACUGUGGACUCACUUCCGUGGGAGAGCUCCGCACAAACACCAGCUCCUAAUGAGUCGACAGAAGUGUCGAAACCAGAAGACACUCAGAAAGGAGAUACAUAUCGACAGAAAAAGAAACGAAAGAUUUAUGGCUAUAAAGAGGAUCCGUUCAUAUUUCUAGACAACACUGAUAGCGAUUGGAUUAAAAUAAAAGACUAUUACGGAAUCAACGACUCGUUCCCAUUCGAGCAGUUAGUGCACAGGUGUUCGGUCGGCAAAAAGCGGAACAUCUAUUUCCUGACCGAUGCCGCCAAACGCGUUGUUGUCAACAACCAGAAGGACAUUAAGCUCAUCAAUGGAGGCGUUCGCCUGUUUUCCCGGAGCGACGAUAAAGUGAAUCCAUGCGGCUAUCGGCUAACACAAGAAGGUCUGCCCUCUCUGUUCCCGUAUCUCAAUAAAGAACAUGUCGUCGAAAUCGAGGCAAAGGACGCCAAACAAUUGCUGUCUUCGGAUAACAUGGCGUUAGAUCUGUUCACUGGAAGCGAACGGCUAAAGGAACUAAACUCCGGCUGUUGUGUACUCGUCAUCAAAAGAGAUGCCCAACAAACCAAUGGCUUUCCGUUAACUCUUCCCAUUUGUUGCUGGAAAGGGAAGACAUCAAUGCGCGCCUAUAUCGCCAAAAACGAAAGGAUUCACUUCUUGAGACUUUGUGGUGCAGAUGUCACUGAAACAGACGCCGUCAGAAGUACUGAACGCGAGAGACAUAAAGUCAAGAAUGAAGCAAAUAAUGAAGUAUUAGAUGAGAACCAACCGAUAAAAACUGAGACAAUUGAAAGUCAGACUUGAGAU